CGCCGACGGUUGGCCACGUCACGUGACAUGGGUCGGAAGAUGGCGUCUCCCACAGACGAUUUGGAAGCAUCUUUGCUAAGUUUUGAAAAACUUGACCGUGCCUCACCAGAUCUUUGGCCAGAACAAUUACCAGGUGUUGCUGAAUUUGCAGCUUCCUUCAAAAGUCCUAUUACUAGCUCUCCACCCAAAUGGAUGGCUGAAAUAGAACGGGAUGACAUUGACAUGUUGAAAGAACUGGGAAGUCUCACCACAGCUAAUUUGAUGGAGAAGGUACGAGGCCUACAGAACCUGGCCUAUCAACUGGGGCUGGAUGAGUGGUACAACAAGAGAUUCUACAGAACUUCAUGGAGCAUGAAAUUAACAAAGUUAAGUUCAGAUUUUGUAAGUGCUAUAAAGGAAGUAAGUGGGUUGAUGUGAAAGAGAGUAACUGAAAAGGGUGCACUUUAGUUAGGAUGGUUGGGGAAGGCCUUUUAAGAGGGGACAUUUGAGCUGAGACAAGAAGGAUAAAAAAGAUUAAUACCACUAUUUAUUGACUUCCCUGAUCUAUGCCAGAUAGCAUGAAGAAUUUUCUUUCUCUCUCUCUCUCUUUUUUUUUUUUUUAAAUAUGUUACCUUGUUUAGUCUCACAAGGCUGCGAAGUCUUUUACAGUUCCAUUUUACAGCCGAGGAAACUGAGGCUCAGGAAGGUAAAUUACUUGCUCAUGGUCUUGAGGUCUGGAGUUUGAAACAAAUUGAGGCCUAACUCCAAAGCCAGAUAGAUAAAUCCUUUUCACUGUAUUGCAUUGACUUUCUUAACCAGGGAGGAAGGCAGAGAAUAUUGAGUUAAUAGAGUAAAUGGUUUAGACUCUUGUUUUAACCUGGCAGAAAUAAUUACAUAUUUGGGUUUUUUUUUUCUUUUAAAGCACUGUUCAUAUUUAUUACUAGAUGAUUACAAAUUGGAAAUAUAGAUACUUUAUAAGCUUGUUGUAUAUGACAAUAGAAACUGGGGGCAGUGGCACACACCUGUAAAUCCUAGCAACUUGGAGGUUGCUACAGGAGGCUGUCCUCAAACUUGCAAUCCUUCUGCCCCAGCCUCCUUAGUCUAUUUCUAGCCUUUUAAGAGUAUGUGCCUUUUUGGGCUGGGGAUAUAGCUCAGUUAGUAGAGUACAUGCACAAGGUCCUGGGUUCAAUCCCCAGCACCAAAAAAAAAAAAAAAAAAGUGCAUUCUAAGAAAUCUUUAUUUAUUUUGCAAAUAUUUGUUAAAUUCUGUAUGUGAGGUACUUUACAAAUGUCUGUUGAAUUAACUUUAGUAAAUGAUAUAACUAAACAUUGUACUGGGUUCUGUAAAUACCCAUAAAGUUAAUAUUAAGGGGAAUCUUUUUUCCUUAUACCACACUUAUUAAGUACUUCAAUGUAUUUAAAUGUAUUUUAAGUCUCAUAUAACCCGAAAGGUAAAUAUUGGCCCCCAUUUUACAGAUGAAGGAUCUGAGGCACAGAGAGGCUACAUAAUUUACCUGAGAUUUCCAUCUAAUCAGCAGUGGAUUUUGACCUAAAGUUUACAUCCUACACAAGCAAAGGUUUUCUAUCAUAAAUAUCAAAAAUCUCAUGUCAAACAAGAAAAUAGUUUACAGAGAAAUAUUAUUAUAUUCUUUUUUACUAGCAUUUUAAAUUAAAUCCAGAAUAUUGUCUAAUGAACCAUAUGUGAAGAUUCACAGACAUUUUCUUUGGUGUCUUAAACUAAACUGUCACUGGAGGGGGUCUGAAGAGGGAGACAUCAACUCGGGACAACAGGGUCCUUGAUGUGUGUGACAGAAAAGAAUUUCAGCAUGUAUUAGCUAUUGAGACAUAGAUUUAUUUGGGAAAGAAAGGGAGUGCACAUUCAAAGGAGAGUGCUGGCUAUCUUGAAGAAUGAGAAGCACUCUUGGGAUCUCAGCUCCUUCUUUUAAAGGAGACUAGGGGAGGGUAACACGGGAAGGUAUGUGGGGAUCCCCUCAGUUUGGUGGUCACAAGAUUGUUUAUGGUGGUGUGGCAGUUCUCAGGGUCCUAAGGUUGAUGUCUUCUUCAUUAUCUAAUCAAUGGAUGAUGCUGGGAAAGUACCCUAUAUUAUAGCUUUCUAGGAAAGUCUCCUAUUAUACAGGUUACUUUUCUAAAUGUAUCCUUUUAUAUGUAUUAGUGGGCCAAUUAACAGUGUACAGGGCAAUUUUCAUAAAUAGGUGAAUUUCUAGUGCAAGUAAAGAUUUAUAAAUUUUCCAGAAAUUUGGGGAUGUCAUGCCAGGGAAAGAUAACUGGCUAGGGGAGAGAAGGUAUGAAGAAACUGAGCACAAAGCUUUCAUAUUAAAGUAGUCUUUCUUCCUUUUGUCUCCUUUCUAUUUUUUUAAUUUUUUCUCUGUACUACCUCGGAACUAGCUGCAGUUAAAACCCAGGUUCUAAUUUCAUAAACAAGGCUACCCUUAACAAUAUUAAAAUAAAAUGAUAUUAUAACCUGUCUCAGAGAAAAAUUCUCCAGUAACCAUAGGCAUGCUUGUGGCAUGAAGACAGCAUCUUAAAUCUCUAUGCAAGUCAUACACAAAGUGUUAUUGCGAUGGAAAAAUAGUGGCGUGAAUAAUACCUGCUCACAGCCUAAGACACUUGAUGUAUCUUGGGCCUCAGUGUUGAAUUUUGCAAUUUCAUGAGUAAGAUUUGUAUUUUAAGUUCUGUAUUUCUGUGCAUUCCACUUGAUGUCAAAUCUGUAUUCUUAGGUUGUAGGGUUCCAUUAAAAAAAUAAAUAAUCUCAGCCCCUCCUUCCUCCCCCCUACCCCCACACUCAUUUUGUAUAAUAUGGUAAUGAUAUCACCGUAGCAGUAAUUACGGGUCAUCUUCAUUUCUUUCAUCUCUGCCUGUUCUGAUGGCUUCAUUCCUUUGACGGAAAAGAUUUGGCUCUGGGUGCUAUGAUUAUUUUGUUAAGCGUUAUUCGAAUAGACAGGAGUGAGAGAAAUUAAUCAAUCCAAAUGCAAUUAGCAUCAUGUUUAACCCAGUGAUGGACGUCUCAAGGUGAAACAGCCAGGGGAGUUUCAGACAUUAUUAUUCAAUCCAGUGGUUCUUAUCUAAAUUAUAAUCAAGAGAGGUUUUUAUUGGCUUCUCAGUGUGAAGAUGUAACUCUUUCCCUGCCCUGGGGGUCAAGAAGGUUGGUCCUUCAUUCUCCCUGGACUCAAGCUGCUGCCAGCCCCUGGAAGUGGAAUGGACCAAGAAGGAAAGUUGUCUUAAUAUCCUCUGAAAUGAUUGUAUUGAGAGUAGAAUCUGGCUUCUGGAUAAUCUUCUAAUGUGGGGCAAAAUGUUUCAUAUAAAGUCACUUUGACUAGCUUUUAUAUCUUAAUCUUACCUGAUAGAUUACUAUUAUUAUUCUCACUUUAUGGAUCAGGGUAUUAAGACUUUGUGAAGUUGCUAACCUUUGGUCUUAAGUGUUUCACCAGGAUGUGAUACUAUGUAGAGGCCCUGAAGCAUGAAUGUUCUGCACAGAUUUAUGCGUACUGAAUAAAACUUCUAGCCCACAGAGCAUUAAUACAUUGCUUUGAUCUCAUUGUCUUUCACUCAAUUGAGUUUUACCCUCGAAAAAGGAACCAAAUUGAGACUCUGAAACAGGCCCCCAAGGCCCUCCAAAAGGGAAACAAAAUACAAAUAAGCUUUUAGCUCUUAUUUCUUGAACACAGAUCUUUGAAGUUUUUUGUUAUUUUGAUUUGUAUUUUAGUAGGCAGAAGGAUGAUAAGAAAGAUUACAUAUUUGAAAUCUAGUCUUGUUUUACUCUUAAAAGAGGGAAGGGCAAGGAGAGUUGAUGGAGAAACACAGGCUUUCUCCUGAAUACAGCAUUUUUCAAAUGCCUCACAAUUAAGAUUCCUCUACUUCUGCCUUCAAUCUUCAGGCAUCAUGGCUGACACUUCCCAUAUUUUACGUUCCUGCUUGAUGCUUUGUAUUCUGAAAAUAAUUCUGUUGGCUGGAUAUUCUGUCCUUUUUUUUUCUGUUAUGAAAAGCCAUUAAAAUUAUUUUCCAUAUUGGAACUGUCCACAUUUGUUUACCUGCACAUUGAGUCCUGAUUUUUCUGUCUAAUACUGCUUCUUGGAUAAAACAUUCUCAGGAAUUGGGCCUUACUGAGAUUUGGAAAUUUUUAAAAAAGGGUUUAAUAUAAAAUUUUCUCUAAAGUUACUGGAGGAACCAGUGUUCUUAGCAACUGUCACAAAGUCAAGACACCCAAUAGAAAGAAUCUGGAAAGUAUGCUCCCAAAAAGAUUUUUUUUUUUUUUUUUUUUGGAAGAAUCCUGAGAAUGAAAUUUUGAUUGUCUGUGAUAGUUUGGUCACAAGAUGAGUAUCCAGGCUUUGCUUUUCUCAGUUGUAUAGUGUCUCAGUCUCCAUUUUGGAAUGUUUAUGCCCAAAGAACUUCAGACCAAAACCUCAGGGCUUGUCUUAGUCACCUUUUUUGCUGCUAUGACUAAAAAACCUGAUCAGAACAAUUGAGGAGGAGGCAAAGUUUAUUUGUGGCCUCAUGGUUUCAGAGGAUCAGUCCAUAAAUAGCCAGCUCCAUUCCACAAGGCUCAGUGUAAGGCUGAACAUCAUGGCAGAAGAGUGUAGCAGAGUGAAGCAGCUCACAUGAUGAUCAGACAGCAGAGAGACAGACUCCUCUCACCAGAUACAAAAUAUGUAUCUCAAAGGUACACCUCAAUGACCCACCUCUUCCAGCCACACCCUACCUGCCUUCAAUCACCACUCAAUUAAUCCCAUCAGGGGAUUAAUUCACUGAUUGGGUUAAGGCUCUCAUGACCCAAUCAUUUCUUUCUCAACCUUCUUACAUUGUCUCAUGCAUGAGCUUUUGGGGGACACCUCACAUUCAAACCAUAACAGGGCUUUUUUUCUGACUUUCAAGUGCCACUUUUAUAUAUUUUAAAGAAAAGCAAGAUUUCCACCAAAGACUCACUUGUGGCCACUUUCCCUAAUGGAUGCUUGAAUGGUCAUUGGACCUUAGUACCUGGUGAGGGCCAUCAAGUAUCCCAAUGCAUUGUGACUCUAAGAGACUCCUCCCCUUCCAGUGGCACUGUGCUCAGUUCCCAGCUCCUUCUGCUUGUGACGGUGGCACCAGCACCAGCUGCUCUCAUAUUGGAGGCAUUCAGAAGUGUUUGGUCCUUGACUUGAAUUAUCAGUCACUUAGUGGUCCUUUCUGGACAGAGAUCUGACAUUGAACUGGAGCUCAGAGAAGAAUUUCAGUCUGGCAGGCUGUCUUGGAACUGCUUUGCUGUUUGCCAGCACUGUCCCAUAGUAUCAGGAAAACUUUCCACUUUUGUGUGGGACAGAAAUCAGCAUUAUAAAUCACAUUGGUUUCUUUUCAUUCUCUAAUGUACCAAAAUACUGUUAACAACUAGCUCACCUCAAAGCAACAUGGCUUUGGGAAUAGUCUGUUUCUACUGAAAGCAUAUCUUUGAAUUUACUUUAAUCUUUCUAAUAUCUUGUACAUAGUGGGCACUCUGUUUUACUGCGCUGAAUAGUCUUUUUAUGCUUCUCUUCUGCACAGCACACAUUGGUGACUGACUGAUUGAUCCCUCUUGUCAUAGCUGCACAGUGCAAUCAAGGACCAAAGGAGUAAUUUUUCAAGAGUCAAAACUAUAAAUAUGGGGCUGGAGUUGUAGCUCAGUGGUAGAGCGCUUGCCUAGCAUGGGUGAGGCACUGAGUUCAAUUCUCAGCACUACAUAUAAAUAAAUAAAAUAAAGGUCCUUUAACAACUUUUAAAAAACUAUAAAUAUAACAAAUGGCAUCAUUUCUAUAAGACAUCUUCUGUGAAGCUAAUUAAAUAAAUUGCCUUUUAGCACAUUGAUAUAAACUAACCAGGAUUUUGUGUGUUUCUUUUGCUUGGGAGUAACUGCCUCUCACUACAGCAGAGUAGUUUUUUGUUUGUUCAUGUUACCUAAUGUUUGUUUAGUUUAGGUAGAAGCAGAUGGUAACAGAUAACUAAGGAUUAAUGAUGUCUGCUGACGAGGAACCUCCUUGAGCACCUAUUUCUCCAGGACUGGGCUAGCCCAUUUGUAGAUCUUUUUUAAAAAAUAAAUAGUCCAGGAAAGGAAUUCAGACAGAAGAGAGUGGUCUUAUUAGUGUGAAGGUGGCAGGGCAGGAUAGUUGCACGGUAUAGUCCAAGAUUAAGAAUACGCCAUUCAGUAAACUAAUGAAAGCUCAUUUUUAACAACAGGGCUUAUCAAUGAGGCAGAUCAAAUUCCAGUUUGAUGGGUGACCGAUUAAUGAAACUGACACACCUGCACAGUUAGAAAUGGAAUUUGAAGAUACCAUUAAUGUGUUCCAACAGCAGACAGGAGAUAUCUGCCAAGAAGGGAACCUGUUAUUUACUCCAGAACUCUGUACCCAUAGACCAAGAAUACAUUUCCUUAGAAAACUACAAGUUGGUCUCAUGUCAUCCUGACAGUGUGGAUUUCUCUAUUCUUUCAUUUUCCCCUUCCUCAUAUGUAAAGGGACAGCACAUACGCACAAACAUACUGCCUUUGUUUUUGUUUUUCAACUAAAUGGCCAUGGUAUGGUUUGAUCAAUUUCAAAUGGAGAUGGAAUGAGAGAAAAAUACUGAUUCUGUGAAAAUAUCCCCUUUCUAGUGACAUGCUUAUUCAGCUAUCUUUAUAGUCCCUUAAGUUAUUUUGUUAUCAUCAUUUAACAGAAAACAGCAAAUCUUCGCAUACCUGUUCCCUCCGAGAAAUCUUAGGUUUUUCAUUCCUCAUUGUAAAAUCAAGGAUAGUUUUAUAACUUUUUUUUUAGAGAGCUGCUAUAUAUAGGACAUUGUCUUUAGGUAUGAUUACUAUAAAAAAAAAAUGAAUCCUAGGGUUGGGAUUGUGGCUCAGCUGUAGAGCGCUCGCCUAGCACAGGCGGGACCCAGGUUCGAUCCUUAGCACCACAUGAAAAUAAAGGCAUUGUAUUAAAAAAAAAAAAAGAAAGAAAGAAAGAAA